UGCUUUGCGGCGGCUGACAAGUGGAUCCAAGAUGGCGUAGAAAGUGAAGAGAUUCUGUCCCUGAGUCAUGGCGGACAGGAGGCCAGAGAGGUCAUGUGAAGAAGCCUGCUUGUCGCUGGUGAGGCAGGAGUACGAAGCAGCCGUGAGUCACAGCACGGAGGCGCUCCUUGUACUCCGGCUACGGCCCCCCAGCCCCCCCACAGUGCCCCUCCGCAGCCGGGCCUUGCUGCUCCGCAUCGCCGCCCUGUUGCAGCUGAAAAAGUAUGAUCAAGCAGAUGAAGAUUGUAAACAUGUUUUGGCGGAGGAGUUGGCCAGAGGAGAUGGGUCAUUUCAGGCCAGCCUGCACAGCAUGCUUGUGGACGGCAGCCUACAGGAAGUGUCUAGUAUUCUCUCCAAGUCACUCUUCGGGGAACCUCUGAAUGGAAUCAUUACUAAGGAUCUCUCCAGACUGAAAGUGCUUCUCUCAGAAAUUGAAAAGUUGAGUAGUAAGAUGGCCUCUGUUUACAGUGAAGACAAUGAUGAAGACGUGCAAGAUGGCUGGCUGUUCCGCCCUCCACCCCGAGGAGUGACAAGCAGUGAGGAGUAUACCCUUUGUAAAAGAUUCCUGGAGCAGGGGCUCUGCAGGUACGGCGCCCAGUGCACUUCGGCUCACUCGCAGGAGGAGCUGACGGAGUGGCAGAAGCGCUAUGCUUCCCGCCUUAUCCGUCUCAAACAGCAGCAGGAGAGCCGCCACUUCACUGAGAACUACAUGGAGGCACUCAUCGAGAAGUGGAUGAACUCUCUGACUCCCGAGAAAGUGUUAAGUGAAUACCUGGAUGGUGUGACAGUGGAGCACAGCUCAGAUCUCUCAGUAACCGUCACCACUAAGAAAUCGUCCCACUCCUGGACAUUCUCCCUUUUCUGUAAGCCUGCCCGGACGCUAUAUCGUAUUGCCCUGCUCUAUGAUGCCCAUAGACCUCAUUUCUCUAUCACGGCUGUGCUGGCGGGUGACUCAUCCACCCAGGUCCGCCAGGAGGUGGCUGCUGGCUGCCAAGAGUGGACUGGGGAUGGCCUGGCACAGAAUGGCAUGGACCACUGUGUGUACAAGGUGGAGGUGGGCUUCAGCACGGAGAUAUUUGGGACUUUCCGGCAGACCAUAGUGUUCGACUUUGGCUCUGAGCCGGUGCUGAUGCAGAGGGUCAUGGUGGAUGCUGCUUCAAUAGAGGAUUUGGAACACCUGAUGCAGGCACGACAGCAGCUCCAGAUGAGUGCCAAGCGCUGGGACUCGUCCUGCAAGACUAUUGUGGAGUUCGGGCCCAGCGAAUGCUUGGAGCUGGAGCGCAGCCUGCUGGCACGGUACCAGAUCCCCCUGUCAGCCGACCAGCUCUUCACGCAGUCUGUCCUGGACCGCACCCUCACCAAAGAGAACUAUCAGGCCCGACUCCAUGACCUGCUGUACAUCGAGGAGAUCGCUCAGUACAAGGAAGUCAGCAAGUUUAACAUCAAGGUGAACCUACAGCUGGUGUCCAGCUUCAUGCUGACGGGCAUCUCUGGUGGUGCAAAGUACGCCCAGAAUGGGCAGCUGUUUGCCCGCUUCAAGCUGACGGAGACCCUGUCUGAGGACACGCUGGCUGGCCGUCUGGUCAUGACCAAGGUGAACUCCGUUCUGCUGCUGCCCUUGGGCCGCGAUCGAAUCACACAGCCACCUGGAGUCAAAGAGCGUGUCUAUGAGGCGGUUAUAGAAGAGAAGACCAAGGAGUACAUCUUCUUGCGCAUCUGUAAAGACUGCUGCGAGGAGCUGUCGCUGCAGCCCGACCAGGAACUGCAGGUGGAGCUGCAGUUCCAGUUGAAUCGACUCCCGCUUUGUGAGAUGCACUACGCUCUGGACCGUAUAAAGGACAACACCAUCCUGUUUCCUGAUGCUAGCACGACCCCCACCAUUCCCUGGAGCCCCAACAGACAGUGGGACGAACAACUGGACCCUCGGCUCAAUGCCAAACAGAAGGAGGCUAUCCUGGCCAUCACCACGCCUCUCUCCAUCCAGCUGCCUCCGGUGCUCAUCAUUGGGCCAUAUGGCACAGGCAAAACCUUUACAUUGGCACAGGCAGUCAAACACAUCCUCAAGCAGCCAGAGAGCAGGGUACUCAUUUGUACCCACUCCAACAGUGCUGCUGAUUUGUACAUAAAGGAUUAUCUUCAUCCGUACGUGGAGGCAGGGAACACGCACGCCAGGCCACUCAGGGUGUACUUCAGGAACCGCUGGGUAAAGACGGUCCACCCUGUGGUGCAGCAGUACUGUCUCAUCUCAAGCACACAGUUCACUUUCCAGAUGCCUGAGCGGGAGGACAUCAUCAAGCACCGGGUGGUGGUGGUUACGCUCAGCACCUCCCAGUACCUCUGCCAGCUGGAUUUGGAGCCUGGCAUCUUCACCCACAUUCUACUGGAUGAAGCUGCCCAGGCCAUGGAGUGUGAGACCAUCAUGCCUUUUGCUCUGGCCAGCAAAAACACCCGGAUUGUUCUGGCAGGAGACCACAUGCAGCUCAGCCCAUUUGUGUAUAGUGAGUUCGCUCGAGAGCGGAACCUGCACCUGUCGCUGCUGGACCGCCUGUACGAGCACUAUCCUGCCGAGUACCCCUGUAGGAUACUAUUGUGCGAGAACUACCGCUCUCACGAAGCCAUUAUCAGCUACACAUCAGAGCUGUUCUACGAUGGGAAGCUGAUGGCCAGCGGGAAGCAGCCCUCCCAUAAGGACUUCUACCCCCUGACCUUCUUCACGGCCAGGGGGGAGGACGUGCAGGAGAAGAACAGCACUGCCUACUACAACAAUGCAGAGGUAUUUGAGAUUGUGGAGAGGGUGGAGGAGAUGCGGAGAAAGUGGCCGGUGGCCUGGGGGAAGCUGGAUGAAGGCAGCAUUGGCGUGGUAUCCCCCUAUGCUGACCAAGUGUUCCGUAUCCGUGCUGAACUGCGGAAGAAGAGGCUGUCUGAGGUCAGCGUAGAGAGGGUGCUCAAUGUGCAGGGCAAACAGUUUCGGGUGCUGUUUCUGAGCACGGUGCGAACACGCCAUACCUGUAAACACAAGCAGACGGCCAUCAAGCGCAAGGAGCAGCUGGUGGAAGACUCCACAGAGGACCUGGACUAUGGCUUCCUGUCCAACUACAAGCUGCUUAACACAGCUAUCACGCGUGCUCAGUCCCUGGUAGCUGUAGUGGGCGACCCCAUAGCCCUCUGCUCUGUGGGCAGAUGCAGGAAAUUCUGGGAGAAGUUCAUCUCCAUCUGUCAUGAGAACAGUAGCCUACAUGGCAUCACCUACCAGCAGAUCAAGGCUCAGCUAGAAGCCCUGGAGCUGAAGAAGACCUAUGUGCUCAACCCUCUGGCUCCUGAGUUUGUCCCACGGGCUCUUCGACCUCAGCCCCCUCCAGGCCCCACGAAGCAACAGCAGUCUCCACCUAAGGGUAAAGGGCAACAUGCAGGCCAAGCGGAGCACUUUCAACCGGACGGAUUCGUUCAGCCCAACCCAGCUGUGCUGAUGGGAAAUCCCAUUCGUGCUUUCACUCCACCCCUGGGAGGCAACCCUGCCAUGGGCAAAUCUCCCAGCCCAGUCCAGAGGAUAGACCCUCACACAGGGGCCAGCAUCUUGUACGUGCCAGCAGUCUAUGGAGGAAACAUGGUUAUGCCCAUGCCUUUACCUCUUCCCUGGGCGGGGUACCAGAACCGCUUCGCCUUGGAUCCACGCAUUAUGAGCCACCAGGCGGCAGUAGCCUAUAGCAUGCUGCAGACUCACAACCGCGGAUCACCUGUGCCCUAUGGGGUUAGCCACCCCUCAUCCCUGUGCCUGUGUCCACAGCCCAGUCCUGACAAGGAGCUGCAGCCUGACAUUUGUAGAAAUGGGAAAGUAGAUGGCACUGUAAAGCUAGACCAGAACCGGCUGCAGACAGCAGAAAGGAAAGCUUCAGAUAUGAAAGAGAAACAGGGAGAAUCGGAUCCAGGUCCAAACAGAAGCCCAGAUUCCCAAGAUGGUUUGAGCUUCUCAAACAUCCGUCUUCACCGCAGGGACAACAUCAGUCAGAGACCCCUGAACUUCCACCUGGCGCCCCCCAGCAGUGCUUUCCCCCCCCACCCCAAUAGCAGGCAGUUUCCACACCAGUACCCCUUGCCCCGCCUGCCCUACAGGGUCCCACAGCAGCCCUCUCAGAGUGGUUUGCUCCCCCAACACCCUGGCCAUGUGCACCAUCUCCCAGCUCAACCACCACAUCAGCAGCAACAACUGUCACCUGCUUUUCCUGUGGCCCACGGCCCAUCAUUCUUCAACACUGUAGUUCCCCACCGGGGCCUGCGCUCCCCAAGCCCAGAGACUCUUCCAGAGGAGGUGAACAGCUCCCUGAGGCCUGCCCCCCCACAACUGGGCCCCCUGUCCCACCAGUCAACCGCACAGCAGUCUGGUCACAUCAGCAACUUUGGUGAAGAAAAUCAGGAGGCUGUUGUGGGAGAAGGCAUUGAUGGGCAAGGGCAGACAUCUCUGGAGGCCCUGGCCCAGCAGGCACGACUCAACCACUGGAGUGAGCACAACCACUUCCUCCCAAGCGGAAUGCCCUUCCCCCUGCUUGCCCAGCCUGGACUGCGCUUCCCCCCACAGCUGUUACGCACUGGGGCCUGGCGGUUGGGCACAGGAGCAGAUGACGAGGCAGGAUCCUCCUUCCCUAGGUUUCCUGAUCUGCUGCGAGAGAUGGGCAGUCAGGAACAGGCUGAGCACAGGGAGCCCACAGAGAUGCCACCCCCCCAGUCACGGCUGCUGCAGUACCGGCAGGUGCAGCCCCGCAGCCCUGGGGACCUCCCCUCUCCCUCCACCGGCGCCGGCCACGGCGGGCCGUUCCCGGGGCCGUAUGCAGAUGCCAGCCAGGAGCUGGAGAUGCUCAACAACCAGGCUUUCCAGCAGGUCCAGUACAACCCCUCCUUUACCCACCCGCCCGGGCACUCCACCCCUCCCCCGGUGAAGUACCUUCUCUCAGAGGGCCAGUGGACUCAUGCUGGCCUGCCCCAGAACCAUGUGCUAGGCCAGAGCUUCCCCUUCAACCUGUCCAUCAUGGGUCACCGGCAGGAGCAGGUGCACUUGAUGCAGUUGCAACAACAGCAGAAGCCACAGCAGCAGGCCCAGCCCCCGGCACCAGAGCCUUAUCAUCCCCUCUCUCCCCGGACCGUGAACGCCAACCCCCUUCAUGGCCUAGAAGAGUAUGAACCUCGGGGACCUGGCAGGCCACUGUACCAAAGGAGGAUCUCCUCUGGCUCCUCACAGCUGUACCCAGAUGAGGCAGGAAAGCUCCAGGGAGCCCAGGCACCAUGUAAAGACCUGCAGGAUCAUCCCAAUCUCCUAUACAGCUUCUCCCCGGCAGAGCGGUGGCCCAACAGCAGCAGCUCAGCCUCUUUCCAGAACAUUCCGUGCAAUGGAGCCAGCACAUUGGUUCCACAUCGGGACCUUUUUGCUUCAGCAAAGGCCACAUGCGCAUCCGAAGAGCCCCUGAAGACAGACUGCAGUCAGCCAGCAGCCCACCCGCUCAGCUCUCUCCAGCACCUUGGACAGUUUCCUCCCCUCAUGCCCAGCAAACAGCCAACACCUGACCCUGGAGGAGGGGAUGGGUCUGGCCUUGGGGGCCUCCAGGUUCCCAGCCUUAGCAAGCCACCCACCAUGUCAUAUGCCAGUGCGCUCCGUGCUCCCCCAAAACCCCGAGCUCUUCCUGAACAAGUGAAAAAGAACAGUGACCCCUUGUCCCUAUUACAGGAACUUAGCAUAGGCAGUGCAACAAACAGCAAUGGAUAUUAUUCAUAUUUUAAAUGAGCACAAUAAAUACACCUUGAAAAAUCAACAAAAAAAUAGUAAAACACUAAAAAUACAUGAUAAAAAGUGCUUUUAAAAGUUGUUUUUAUAGUUAGACAAAGAAUUAGUAAUGUCUGUUCUUUUACAGUUUGACAUAUCUGUGAUUAAAAAAUGCAGCAAAAUAUAUAUUAAGAAAUAUAAAACUUGAAAAAAAAAAAAAAAAAAGAUUUGGCUGACCUUUCAGCUGCCUGUCUUUACUUUUCGUUUCUUCCUUCUGUUUGCCAGUUUCUGAAGUAAUUGUUAAAGCUCUUUGGCUGUUGGCUGGCCUUUUUUAUGUUGUUUUCAUGUUCAGUUUCAGCUGUGCUUUAAGGUAUGAUCAGCUGAGAGGUCAACUAAAUCGUGCAAAAUAUAUGAGACAUUGUAUAGAAGUAGUUGCUUUUCUCUAACCUGUAUAUACAAAGAAAAUAAGUGAACUUGAUGUAUGCACAUGCUUAAUUAUCUUUGCCAUGUUAGCAUUAGACUUUCUGUUGAGUCUUUGUGACAAAAUGCUUGAUUCUGUUUUUCACAUGUCCACCUGAACUCUUCAGAUCUAAAACUGUAAUAAUCAUUUGAAAAUAAAGUUGAAUACAAUCCUCAAAUAGACAUGCACGGCAAAACAAGCCAAAAUGACACAACAAAUAACGAACAAGUGUCCCUUCCUACUCAUUCUAAAACAAUAGGAUUUUUUACAUCAGCUGUUUCUUCAAUUUGACAAAUUUUCAGAUUAUUAUGCAGUUUAAGCACAGAUCACUUGCUUAAACAUCCACUCCUGAGCCCCCCCCUCCGCCAAAAUAGCCAGAAAUUAUAAUUCAGAUGUCAAGUCUUUGUCUUCCUGUUCCUGUGUUUUUAGAGAACAAAUUGUGCUUUAGUUGAGUAUGCAGCCAAACCAAGCUAAGAAACAAGUGAUUGCAGUCUUUGCCGUGUGUUAUUCCUCAGACAAAAUUGCAUUUUAUUGUUUUCUGGUGAUUAUUUGGACAUAUGGAACGUGAUGUAUGAACAUGGAGGUCUUGAUAUGGUUUCUGAAGAUUUUGUCAGAACGUGCAGAAGAGCUGGACUCGGAUUAGUAGUUUGUCUUGAGGGAUGGUGGAGAGAAAUUCAAGGCAGUUUGUUCAUGGCUGUUGAUGUCGUCUUCAGAUUUCCACCCAAGAGUUGCAGGCAAAUCAGUGUGAACAGUGUCAGGUCGGCUCCAGUCAGAAUCAACAUCUCUUUUGUUGUAUUUUAUCUCUUGCUGUUUUCCAGUGACAGUUACACACUUGCUGACAGAGGGCUGACUAUCCUAGGAGUGCAAGGCACCUCUACACAGGAACAGAGGAUCUUUUGUGCUGUGUUGAUUUACUAAGAGAGGGCUGAAUGGAGUUUGAGAGGGGAAAUAUAAGUAGCACUUUCUAGCACAUGGCCAUACAUGCAGAGAGAGCAAACACUUGGUACAUACAGUGAAUGUCUGUGAUGUCAAAAUAAUGAUAUAAAUGGAUGUACAUACUUCAUCCAAUUAACAGACUUGUUUUAUUAAUGCCAGUCAGGACUUUUAGAAAAAAAUUGAAAACACAUUUUGUCAGCUUUAUAUAGUUUCUUUCACGUGGGGCAUUUGUGACAUUUUGGCUUGUUGCAGCUGUUAUAAAAUACAAAAGUACAUUUCAUGAUAGCCUAUAUAUGUAUAGCAAAAUGUCCAUUUGAAAGGGUUUGGAGAGAUGAUCAGGUCAGUGCCCUGGAUAAUAAAUACACUGAAGCUUUUGCCCAGUGGUACAGUUACAUUACCACAGCUUUGUUUGCUAUAGUUUUAACUCACCGAGCCUGACUUCUUGAGGGCUGGCUAAUGACUGAAAAUUCAUCAUUUAGAAUUAAAGUAAUACCUAGUCAAAGCUGUACAAAAAACUAAUUUAUGAAGGGAAGUGUUUCAUUGUUAGCCUAGGGUAAAGGA